AGUCGCCCUCUUUCGGAGUUUCAAAUUUUAUCAAAAGACAAGUAGAUUCUCCAAAUUUCGCCCAAGAUCAUCAAGAAAAUGUUAAAUAACAUUAGGAAACAAUUUAAUUAUGAUGAAUCAAGAUUCUCUUCAAUUUGCCCUUAAUGCUGUGUCCAAUAUUGUCCAUAAUUCAAUAAAUCGGAAAAAUUACAAACAACAAUUAAGUGAACUUCAAAAGUUUGUUAAUAAAUUUGGAUUUGAAUGUGAAAGACAUCUCUAUCGUUGUAUAUUCGAUUCAUUGUUGGCAACCCAGCACACCGAUACUCUUAAAAAUUCGAUCCUUUGUCAACUCUUCUCGGAUCUUGGUUCAUUUUUUGAGAAGCCUAAUUUUUCAACUCUAAUCAGAUUUUCUUUUAAUAAAGGCCCUUUUAAAAAUAAAAUCAGUGACAGUAGCAAUACUGAAAGCAACACCGCUGACUGUUCAUCAGUUGGAAACUCCUUAAACGGAGCUAGUAACAACAAUCGUUCCCAGGAAUCUUCUGGAGCUGCUGGUGUUACUCAGAAUAACUCAAGUGAUCUAAGUGUUGUUAACAAAGUCCGAGAGCUUUGUAAAUGCUUGAAAUUGAACGAUACACAUAAAUUAGCCUUGCUCUUGUGUUUAGAUGAACUUGAUUCAGCUGAACGAGAAGUUCAAUUGAGCAAGUGUGAUUUCAUCAGUAUCCCAGAGUUAACAUAUUUUAUGUUAUCGCAAUUGCAUUCAAGCAAAGAGCCUUUUGCCAAAGAAAGUAUAGAAAAAAUUAAAGAAGACUUGGAAGCUAGUGGAAAUCAUAUUUCUAAAGAUAAAUUUCUACCUAUAGAUUCUCCAUUCUGUGAUAGUGUUGAGAUGGAGUCCAAUUCUUUUGGUAAUCUUUCUGGUCUCUCAGAUGACCAAAUAACCAAUAUGCUGGUCAAUGAAAACGAUGUCCAAUUAAGUUCAGAGCUGAUGAGUCAAUUUGAUAUUACACCUAAACUUUGCGCCAAGAUUUUGUUAGCACUGUGUGAACAUCCCAAAGGCCAAGAUAACAAUCUACCCCAAAGGUUUGAGGAAAUUGACACUCUAGCAAAUUUGUGUCGCGAGUUUCUACCUUCAGCCUCACCCUUAAUGGACAUCCUUCAAGAAAUAGACUCUGAAACAUUUGUAAACAUAAGUAGCAAAAUGAUCAAUAAUAAGCAUUUUGGGAAAAUACAUCCAGUUUUCUCCAGAUUCUGGCAAUUUUGUUCCAAUCUUUGCAAUACCGAAAAACAAGGUAUCUCUCUUUUAGGAAUGAUCUUCUUCGGUAGACUUUGGUCCAAUAACCUCGAAUUCCAGUUAGGAGUUAUCAUGAACUGUGUUAGAAAUCAACUAGUGGUUAAAUUACUGUCAGCUGGUCCCACAGGUCCAGGUCCAGGCGGUGGUAAUGAUCUAAGUCAAUUGGUACCUAACUUGGAAUCUCUCAAGUGUCUACCCGACUUUGAAGGCAACCCCGAGCUUUCAAAUUGGAAAUACCAAAAACUCUAUUCGAUCAUUAUUGAAAUAAGUGCUGCCAACUCCUCAAAUAAACAGUCGGUUACUAUGGGUUCCAUGUUUUAUAAUCAAAUCAUCGACCUGUUUAAAUGGCCAAUUCAUCAUUGUCCUGACCUAGUAGCCCUUGGUUUGCUUGGAUGUGGAAGUGUCUCAUCCAUUUGUAAAAAUGAUAUUCUUAACAUGACAAUUCCAUCCUUCCUCAGCAACCAUCCAAACGCCGCCAUAAUUUUGCACACCAUUUGGAGUACAAAUGAUUUGAUUGGCAAUGUUCAAAACAAUUGUCAGUGGGCUAAGCAAGUACUUCUUCAAUCCAUGUGCGAGUUUUACAUGAAAAGUCCACCUGAAGAACAACAACAACGAUUGUCUAGAAUUUUGGAUGUGGCUCAAGAUCUUAAAGCACUUAGUCUAUUGCUUAAUAGCAAUUGCCAUCCUUUCGUAAUUGACUUGGCUUGCCUAGCAUCUAGAAGAGAGUACCUCAAAUUAGAUAAAUGGUUAAUGGACAAAAUUGAAUCACACGGUGAACCAUUUGUGAAAGCCUGUAUAGUGUUCCUAAAUCGUCGUUGCAAUGCACUCGUCAGUGGUAAUAAAACAUUGGAUGUUAACUCAUUAAACUCAGCUUUACCAUCUGAAACUCUCGCCACAAUUUUGGCCUGCUUACAGCAGUUUAUCUGUAAUUCCGCUAGCUCAGUGACACCUACCUCGCUCUCACAACAAUUUCCUGUAUCACCAGAACUUAGCGAAACGAUUCUGACCAUGGUAGCAAACUCUUCAUACCUUUUAUCGAAAACUCCCCGAUCAGCACCUCCCGGUGUAAUUAGUAACAAUGUCAAGACUCCAAUUCUUCCCACUGUGACUUCACUUAGUGACCUUAACGAUCGAAUCGGUAGUCUGACAUUAACUGGCUCUGCCAACUCAUUCAGUCAGUCUCGACAACCAUUUAUUACACCAUCAUCCCAGUCAUCAAUAACUCCAAUAGCAUCUACAACAUCCAUAAUGACUCCUCAAAUGCAACCACCUGUUGGUCCUAAAUCUCAAAAAUCCGGACAGCCUCAGGCAUCUUUGCAGCCUCAUCAACAAGCUUCUCAACAACAACAGUCUCAAAGAGGUUAUGUCUUCAAUGUAAAUGCCAUUUUUCCUGAAACUCAGAUGGUUGUCAAUCCAGAAAUUGAGAAAGAAGCUGAUACCUAUUUCCAAAGGAUCUACAAUCAGUCAACUACUGGAAGUAUGAGUAUCGAUGAUGUUCUGGAAAUGCUGAGGAGAUUCCAAGACUCACCUAAUAAACGUGAAAGGGAUAUAUUCAACUGUAUGAUAAAAAAUCUGUUCAAAGAAUACUGCUAUUUCCCUCAAUAUCCGGACAAAGAGCUUCUCAUUACCGCACAACUAUUCGGUGGUAUAAUUCAAAUGGGCUUAGUUAAAUACAUGGCUUUAGUUGUUGCCUUAAGAUGCGUGCUUGAAGCCCUUCGUCAACCUUACAGUAGCAAGAUGUACUUUUUUGGUAUUGCUGCUUUAGAUAGGUUUAAAUCAAAGCUUAAAGAGUAUCCUCUCUAUUGUCAACAUUUAACUUCGAUACCUCAUUUCAAUGAAUUUCCUCGUCCUCUUCAAGAGUAUAUCCAAUAUGGUGCUUCAUCUGAAGAUCCGCCCUCUGCUCGAUCUCUUCCUGAUGUUGUAGCUAAUCCUGCUGUGUCAGCUCACUCUCCUGCUCCUGGUCAAUUGAAUUCCGCUCUACCGGGUCUCAUAGGCUCCUAUAUUGGUAACAAUAUUAAUUCCGAAUCAAACCGCCCCGUUAUGAUGAUGUCUGGUAUGCUUAACAAUUCAAACAACAUUAGUAACAUUGGCUCUCAAGGAAUAACUGGCCCCAUUGGUGGACAGUUAUCUCAAGUUCCAUCUAAAAUAUUCUCAACCUCUAUGUCAAGUCAGGCUUUAAUCAAUAAACCAAUAACCUCAACUCCGGUCAUUACUACAUCAUCAACAACACGAAGUGGACCUUCAAUUGCAAAUGCAACUAACAUAGAUACUUUAUUAGCUGCUGGUGAAACAAUUCAUUCUAUUCCUCCAGAAUCAAUGCAAGAUAAGGUUGGUUUCAUAAUCAAUAACCUUUCUCAGAUGAACUUAGCACAAAAGACUGAAGAAUUCAAAGAAUUAAUCGGGACCGACGACACUUAUCAUGGUUGGAUUGCUCAAUAUUUUGUCCAAAGACGAGCUAGUAUUGAGAAUAACUUCCAUACCUUAUAUGCCAACUUUUUAGAGCUGCUUAAACUACCAGAAUUGACUAAAUUGGUUAUUAGAGAAACUUAUCGAAAUAUCAAAGUUCUAUUGCGAAGUGAUAAAGUCAUUGCUAACAUGGGUGAUCGAACCUUGCUGAAGAAUCUUGGCCAUUGGUUAGGAAUGUUGACUUUGGCUAAAAAUAAGCCUAUCUUAUCCAUCGAUUUGAAUCUUAAAUUUUUGCUUAUCGAAGCUUAUCACAAAGGCACACAAGAGCUACUUUAUGUUGUUCCAUUCAUCGCAAAAGUAUUGGAAAGCUGUGCUAAAUCUACUGUAUUCAAACCACCUAGUCCUUGGACUAUGGGUAUACUUAAAGCUCUUGUUGAGCUUCACCAAGAAAGAGAAGUCAAAUUGAACUUGCGAUUCGAAGUGGAAGUCCUCUGUCGAACCCUUAAUGUUGACAUAAAUGAAUUGGUUGGUAAAACUACAAUCCUCCAAGAAGAAGAUAUUAUGAAUAAAGUAAUGAUGGAGCAGCAGUUAGGAACUGCUGGAGGACGUCAACAUCAAAGUCACAUUAGUUCCAUCGGCUUGAAUCAAGCAAAUGACACUCUGUCUAAUUCAGUUCAAAAUCAAAUGCAUAUUGCUCAAUCUCAAUCUUCUCAAGGUUCAGUUUCGGUUCAACAGUCUAUUUCAAGCCAACCUCCAAUAUCUCAUUCAAGCCAAAUUAUCAAGCCACCGCUGACUCAACCGCAAUCUCAUUUACCUAAUCGUUUAUCCAUGUCUAUGUUAUCACAGCCAUUAGUUGUUGGACAACAGUCAGCAACGCAUUCAUUACUUCAACCAAAUUCAUCACCCACCGUUCAAAUUGGGCCUAUUCAUAUGCCACCUACUGCUUCAAUACCAAUGACACCAACUUCAUCAGUCAGUCCGGCUGUCCAACAGUUCAACUAUCACGAUAUCUCAACAAAUAUUUCAGCUAUCGGACCUCAUAUUGUAACACGUAACGACCUUCCUCUAAUUCAGCUUAAUCCGAAUCUCAAGAUUUUCAUUAAGCUCUCAGUGGAAAGAUCCAUUCAAGAAUGGGUAGGACCAGUUGUUGAAAGAAGUAACAAAAUAAGCUUGACAACAGCUGAACAAAUAAUCAAAAAAGAUUUUGCUCUCGAAUCAGAUGAAAACAAAAUGUGUCUUGCUGCUCAGUAUCUUAUCCGUAAUCUUACAGCUGGCAUGGCUAUGAUUACGAGUAAAGAUGCCCUUUACGGUACUAUGGUCACUCAUCUUGUACAAGCUUUCACUCGCCAAUUGGGACCGAACAGUGGAGUAACUAAAGAAAUGAUUGAAGAAUCAGCUAAUGCAAUAGCUAGUAGCAAUAUCAACCUUGCUUGCUGUUUCAUUCAAAAGACUGCAAUUGAAAAGGCCAUUCCAGAACUGGAUAAAAGACUCCAACAUGAAUAUGAUAUUCGGCGUAAAGCUAGACUUGAGGGUCGUCGAUAUUGUGAUGCAAGUUCAUUAACUUAUCAAGCUGAACGAAUGCCUGAAGCUAUUCGUCUAAAAGUAGGCUCAGUAACUCCUCUUCAAUUCCAAGUUUAUGAAGAUAUAGGUAAAAAUAUCCCAGGAUUUAUUUCACCUAUUGUGGAUCAUUCUAACAUGGGCAUAGCUUCAUCAAUGAACAACUCUCUUCCAAAUAUUGGUGGAUCUAUUGGAUCCACUGGACCUAGUCUAACUAACUCUAUUGGAAUGGAUCAACCAUUUUUGAAAAGUCUCACAAGCAAUGUAUUACCAACAGUAGCUGCCAUGUCCAACUCAAUCUCUGCUAAUAUCAAUGUUCAACCACCUUUGUUUUCUCAACAACUUUCGGGCUUCGGACCUGAAAACUCUUCCAAUAGCAUUGAUACUGGCUUACAAACCCUUUAUGAUAAAUUAGUCAAUGAAUUGGAUUCUCUAUUCCAACAAUUCGUUGCAUCGAUGCAACCUAGUAUGCUUAUAACUACCAUGCACUCAAUAUUGGAAAUGGUCAGUGCUUCAAGAAACAAUCCAAGCAACAUUGGAAGUGCCGUUAAUUUAAUCCAAAGAAUUUUAGAAGCUCUCGCUGAAUUGAUAAUUAGUGUUGAAUCUGGAGUCGUUGAAGUUCUACUCCUUACUCGAGCUCGUGACCUUUAUUUGGUGAUUCUAAAGGCUCUAUCAGAUCCUAGAGCUUAUGGCGCUCAAUUUACCACCAAACAAAUCACUCGACAAGUUUUGGAUCGCCUUCUCAGCUCUUCCACUCCACCUUUACCGGAUGAUUUAUUUGAUAUACUUAUGCGGUCAGAGUUGAUUAAUAUCUCAUAUGUUGACGCUACUUUAGCCCAGCAGAUUGACGGUGCAAACCCAAUCGCAUUGGCAUUCGCACUACAAUUCGUGAAACUUUAUGGUAUGGACCUCAGUGAAACACAAAUUCCUAACAUCAUUGCAGCUUUACUGAAGAUCAGCAAAUCAUCUGGUCCUACCAAUCCUCUAAAUCUCGAGAUUCAAACUAGCUUGGAUGUUUUCCGAACAUCAAAUGCACCAUCAGCUCUGAAUCCUUCAGAUGGAUCCAAUUUCUUGAUGAGCUCAGCAAUGAGCGUUGCCUCUCGUGAAGUUGAAUCAGACUCUGAAUUAUUGGAAAAGACCGAAAGAUUGAUGAGAGAUUGGAUUAAUUUAUAUCAUUCUAAUACUCCACCCAACAAAGUUUUUCACAUCUAUGUACAAUCAAUGAACCAACAUGGUAUUCUCAAAACAGAUGAUUCCAUUACACGAUUUUUCCGACUUUCAACUGAGCUUUGUGUAGACAACUGUUACAGAAUCUUAAAUGGUCAGCAUGCUAAUAAUGCAUCUGUCUUGGAAGCUCGUACUAAAUGUUUCCAAACACUUGACGCGUUUGCACACCUCAUUGUGAUGCUUGUUAAACAUAGCGGCUCAAACACUGGAUCUAUGUCCGAAUCAACUCCAAAGAUCAAUUUACUGAACAAAGUUUUGGGUAUAAUUGGAGGUGUUGCAAUUCAUGACCAAGAAAUCCGAAAUGAAGAGUUUCAACAUCUUCCUUAUUAUCGUAUCUUGAUUAUUCUGCUGAUGGAAUUGACUCUCGGUCCAAACAACUUAGGUUUACCUGCUAUGAACAACUUCCAGCAUCAAUUAGGAUUUGGUAUCAAUCCAAGUCAAGUUGACCCCCUUUACGAAAGUAUUCAAUACCAAGUUCUCAAUGCUUUCUGUCAAACUUUGAAGCUUCUUAAACCGAGUAAAGCACCUUCUUUUGCAUUUGCCUGGCUUGAUUUCAUUGGACAUCGCAUUUUCAUGGAAAAGUGUCUUAACGGACCAAAUUCAACUCCGAGCAUUAUCUCAACUAAAGGAUGGAUAUUUUAUGCACCUCUAUUGAUUGAGAUAAUCAAAUUCUUGGCUCCAUUCUUAAGAAAUGUUGAAUUGCCUCAUUCAAUCGAUCUUCUUUACAAGGGUACACUCAAAGUUCUACUCAUCUUGCUUCAUGAUUUCCCUGAAUUCCUGUGUGAGUAUUGUUAUGAGCUUUGUGAUGCUAUUCCACCCAAUGCAAUUCAAAUGAGAAAUCUGGUUCUCAGCGCUUUCCCUCGUAAUAUGCGAUUGCCUGAUCCAUUCACACCAAAUCUCAAGAUUGACUCACUUCCAGAGAUUAUCCAAUCUCCUAAAGGAGCAUCAAACACUUUAUCUGCUCUAGCAACUGUACCAUUCAGAAAAGAACUUGAUUCUUACUUGAGAACACGAAGUCCUGUCACUUUCCUAUGUGAACUCAGAGGUUAUCUUCAAAAUCCUAAUGGUUCUGAUGGUAAUCGCUACAACAUACCAUUGAUUAAUGCUUUGGUUCUCUUUGUCGGUCAAUCUGCUAUUCAAGCCAUUACUCCAAAACACAUAUCCAUGUCUAGCAUUGCUCAUUCAUCACAUAUGGAUAUUUUCCAGAAUUUAGCUGUAGAUUUGGACACUGAAGGUCGAUAUUUAUUCCUUAAUGCGAUAGCUAAUCAGUUACGAUAUCCUAACUCACAUACACACUACUUUAGCUGUACUCUUCUUUACAUCUUUGCGGAGAGUAAUACUGAAGCCAUUCAGGAGCAAAUUACUCGAGUUCUUUUGGAGAGACUCAUCGUAAAUCGUCCACAUCCAUGGGGUCUUUUGGUAACCUUUAUUGAACUAAUUAAAAACCAAUCAUUUAAAUUUUGGAAUCACGAGUUUGUUCGGUGUGCACCUGAAAUUGAAAAAUUAUUCGAAUCUGUUGCUCGAAGCUGUAUGCAGCAACAACAAAAAAAUCAAGGCACCGGCAACUCUGGUCAAAUUUCUGCGGAGCUUGUUCGCUCACAAUCAUCAUAAUAAAUAUUGUCGCUACGGGGAGUUAUGACGCUACAAAAUGAAAAAUAAAGACAAAUUUACAUAGUUGAUUUUGAGGAGAGCAAGAAACUGUACUUAUAUUAAAACUGAUCUAACAAUUUGUAUUUUAAUGUUACUAUUACCGUUUCGCUAUCGAUUAAUAAAUGUUAUUUUUAAAUUGCAUUCAA